AUGGCUUCUGUCGCCGGUAACCAGCUGCCCACUUGCUACAAAACUCGCCGUCAGGAUGGCACCUAUGACAGAAUCAUGGCACAGCUAAGCAAGAGCCUUGACCAGAUGUUUGCUUCGAAGGACUACCCUGCUGACUUCGCUCGCACCACCAACCGCAAAGGCCACUAUGAAUAUUAUUCUACUGGUGACAACCCGAGUGAAUUCAGCGCUCUCAUCAUCGGUCAAGUCAUGGUGUCCGAAUGGGGAACUGAUCUCUAUGCCAAGGGUAAUUUUCGACCAUAUGAUGAUAAUAAAAUUACCGACGACACCAUGGUUCGAAACACCCUCGUUCUCUGUGUCCCCUCGCAGGUGACCACAGACUUAACCGAAUUCUACUACGACCAAAUUGGCACACUCAAUGACAUUCGUAUGAUGGAUGAAAAAGAGGAGGAAAGUGCGGUGCAGAACUUCAGAGUUACAGAAUGGAUUCGUUCAUCUUCCAUGGAACCUGGCAAACCCUCCGAUCUUAUCGUUGUCACCAUCGCUGAUCCUAAGUACACUAUGCGCGCCAACUUACCCAUCAACGCAGCCGCUACUGCCGCACCGAAGGUCAAACACAUCAAGAAGAAAAGAACAGCUAACGCCGAAGCUGAGAAAAUGCAAGACGUGCAACAGGAGCUAACCAAACCUACAGGUGACGACAUCCGCAUCGGAGCAAACUAUGACCCCCAUCUGCUCCUCAACUAUGGCGGCAACCUGUUUGACCAUCAGAAAGCUCGUCUUCACCAGCACGACUUCCGUGGCAUUGAUGGCAUGCUCAUCCCACCAUGGGACUGGUUCACUGCACUCCGGCGCGGCACUCUUGUCUUGCUCAAUGUGUCGCUACACUGCUGGAUCUACCCUCCCACUAAUCCCAAAUUUCCUACUCGUAAGACCUACCAGGUGCAAGCACACAACCUUCGUGUCCUCUCCGAAUCCGACGAAUUCUGCGUCAUUCCACGGCCCACACUCAGUCCUAUCGUCCGCGUGUCCGCCCACUCUUCCAACCCUCUCACGGCAUUCACCGAGUUCAACGCCUCUCCACCCAAAAAAGCCAAGGCCGAUGUAACGAAAGGAAAAGUGAAGGCCAAAACCGAUUGA